GGGGUCGGCGGGGCUCGGCCCGGGUCGGCGGGGCGCAGAGGGAGCCGCCUCCGGGCGGAUGGAUUGACUCGGAGAUGGGUCGGAUUACACCGUUUGCCGUGCGGCGCUCCGCUCGGCUCCAGGUCCAGCUCCGUCCCGCCGCCGCCGCCGCCGCCGCCGCCGCGAGGCUCGGGGGCGGAGAGUUCCAGGCUCCGCCGAGGAAACCGAGACCGAAGGCGACAGGGGCAGCUCGGUUUCCCCAUGGCGUCUCUGUUUUCUUCUCCCCCUGAUCGUGACAAGCCUUUUAUUUUCGCCAGCCUCCUCGCGCCAGUGAGAGAACUAAGUGGGGUUUCUGAGGCUGCGCUGCUCUGACGUCGUCCCAGCCCACCAUGAAGCCCUUCCUGCUUGGUGUCUACAUGCUACUCCUCAGGAUUUCCCAGUCAAGGGCAGUCAGCUUUCCUGAAGAUGAUGAGCCUCUUAACACUGUUGACUACCACUAUUCAAGGCAAUAUCCGGUUUUUCGAGGACGCCCUUCGGGCAAUGAAUCGCAGCACAGGCUGGAAUUUCAGCUGAUGUUGAAAAUUCGAGACACACUUUAUAUUGCUGGCAGGGAUCAAGUUUAUUCAGUAAACUUAAAUGAAAUCCCCAAAACAGAAGUCAUACCAAGCAAGAAGCUGACAUGGCGAUCAAAACAACAGGAUCGAGAAAACUGUGCUAUGAAAGGCAAACAUAAAGAUGAAUGCCACAAUUUCAUCAAAGUAUUUGUCCCAAGAAACGAUGAGGUAGUUUUUGUUUGUGGUACCAAUGCAUUCAAUCCUAUGUGCAGAUACUAUAGGCUGAAUACCUUAGAGUAUGAUGGGGAAGAAAUUAAUGGCCUGGCAAGAUGCCCAUUUGAUCCCAGACAAACCAAUGUUGCCCUUUUUGCUGAUGGGAAGCUGUAUUCUGCCACGGUGGCUGACUUCCUGUCCAGUGAUCACGUUAUUUAUCGAAGCAUGGGGGAUGGAUCCGCCCUUCGUACAAUCAGAUAUGAUUCCAAAUGGAUAAAAGAGCCACACUUCCUUCAUGGCAUAGAGUACGGAAACUACGUCUAUUUCUUCUUUCGAGAAAUUGCCGUAGAGCACAAUAAUUUAGGCAAGGCUGUCUAUUCUCGAGUGGCCCGCAUAUGUAAAAACGACAUGGGUGGCUCCCAGCGGGUCCUGGACAAACACUGGACCUCGUUUCUGAAGGCUCGGCUUAACUGCUCUGUCCCUGGAGAUUCAUUCUUCUACUUUGAUGUUCUACAGUCUAUCACAGACAUCAUACAAAUCAAUGGUGUCCCCACUGUGGUCGGGGUGUUUACCACACAGCUGAACAGCAUUCCUGGUUCUGCGGUCUGUGCAUUUAGCAUGGAUGACAUCGAAAAAGUAUUCAAAGGACGAUUUAAAGAACAGAAAACCCCAGAUUCUGUUUGGACUGCAGUCCCUGAAGACAAAGUACCAAAGCCAAGGCCUGGCUGCUGUGCAAAACAUGGCCUCGCAGAGGCAUACAAAACCUCCAUCGAAUUCCCCGAUGAGACUUUGGCCUUCAUCAAAUCCCACCCGCUGAUGGACGCUGCCGUUCCCCUCAUCGCUGAUGAGCCCUGGUUCACCAAGACGCGAGUCAGGUACCGCCUGACUGCCAUCGCGGUGGACCACUCGGCGGGGCCACACCAGAACUACACGGUUAUCUUCGUUGGCUCUGAGGCUGGGGUGGUGCUCAAAGUGCUGGCGAAGACCACGGCUUUCUCCCUGAAUGACAGCGUGUUACUGGAAGAGAUAGAAGCCUACAACCAUGCCAAGUGCAAUGCCGAGAAUGAGGAAGACAGAAAGGUCCUCUCCUUGCAGCUGGACAAGGACCACCACGCACUGUAUGUGGCUUUCUCUAGCUGCAUUGUCCGAAUAACCCUCAGCCGCUGCGAGCGGUAUGGAUCGUGUAAAAAGUCUUGUAUUGCAUCACGGGACCCGUACUGUGGCUGGUUAAGCCAGGGGAUCUGCGGGAGAGUGACCCCAGGAAUGCUCACCGGAGUGUACGAGCAGGACACAGAGUACGGCCACACGGCCCACCUAGGGGACUGCCACGAAGAUCUAGAGAGAGGAAGUCUAACCGUAGAAAUUUUGCCUACUUCAACUACACCAGAUUACAAAAUAUUUGGCGGUCCAACAUCUGACAUGGAGGUAUCUUCGUCUUCUGUUACCACAGUGGCAAGUAUCCCAGAAAUUACACCUAAAGUGAUUGAUACCUGGAGACCUAAACUGACGAGCUCCCGGAAAUUUGUAGUCCAAGACGACCCAAACACUUCUGAUUUUACUGAUCCCUUAUCAGGUAUCCCAAAGGGUGUGCGAUGGGAGGUCCAGUCUGGGGAGUCCAGCCAGAUGGUCCACAUGAACGUGCUCAUCACCUGUGUCUUUGCCGCCUUCGUCCUGGGCGCCUUCAUCGCUGGCGUGGCCGUCUACUGCUACCGCGACGUGUUUGUGCGAAAGAACAGAAAGAUCCACAAAGAUGCGGAAUCAGCCCAGUCGUGCACAGACUCCAGUGGAAGUUUCGCCAAACUGAAUGGCCUUUUUGACAGCCCAGUGAAGGAAUACCAACAGAAUAUCGAUUCUCCUAAACUCUACAGCAACCUGCUGACCAGCAGGAAAGAGCUGCCGCCGAGUGGAGACACGAAGUCCAUGGUGUUGGACCACCGCGGCCAGCCUCCAGAGCUGGCUGCUCUCCCCACACCGGAGUCCACCCCGGUGCUGCACCAGAAGCCUCUGCAGGCCAUGCAGAGCCACUCAGACAAGGCCCACAGCCACGGGGCUUCCAGGAAGGAAGCCCCGCAGUUUUUCCCUUCCAGUCCUCCGCCCCACUCCCCGCUGAGCCACGGGCACAUCCCCAGUGCUAUUGUCCUCCCAAACGCCACCCAUGACUACAACACGUCUUUCUCAAACUCCAAUGCUCACAAAGCAGAGAAGAAGCUGCAGCACGUGGACCAUCCCCUCACAAAGUCAUCUAGCAAAAGGGACCACCGGCGUUCUGUGGACUCCAGAAACACCCUCAAUGAUCUCCUGAAGCAUCUCAAUGACCCCAGUAGUAACCCCAAAGCCAUCAUGGGCGACAUCCAGAUGGCCCACCAGAGCUUGAUGCUGGAUCCCAUGGGGCCCAUGUCCGAGGUGCCCCCCAAGGUGCCCAACCGGGAGGCGUCUCUCUACUCUCCCCCUUCAACACUCCCCAGAAACAGUCCGACCAAGCGAGUGGAUGUCCCCACCACUCCCGGGGCCCCAAUGACCUCUCUGGAAAGACAAAGGGGCUAUCACAAAAGUUCCUCACAGAGGCACUCCAUAUCUGCCAUGCCUAAAAACUUCAACUCACAGAAUGGUGUUUUGUUGUCCAGACAGCCCAGUAUGAGCCGUGGGGGAUAUGUGCCCACCCCCACGGGGGCAAAAGUGGACUUUAUUCAGGGGACGCCCGUGAGUGUCCACCUCCAGCCGUCCCUGUCCAGACAGAGCAGCUACACCAGUAACGGCACCCUCCCCAGGACGGGACUAAAGAGGACACCGUCCUUAAAACCUGACGUGCCACCAAAGCCUUCCUUUGCUCCUCAGACGACGUCUGUGAGACCGCUGAACAAAUACACCUACUAGGCCUCCAGCGUGCUGUUCUGUGUGGCUUUAUCCUGUCCGUGUCCUUGAGAGGUACCUUAAGACGAGACACCUGCUUGUAUUUUAAGAGAACUAACGGGCCAAAGAACUCCCUCCCUUUGGCAGUAUCAGAACUAGCCCCAUGUAGCUCCCAAGGGCAGGCUUCUGUGUACUUGUCCGGAAACAAAGGAAGGUGCUGGUCAUUCCAUUUCUUUUGUUUGAAGCUGAUGUGGUGUGUGGCUCCGAAGGGCUGCUUUACCAGUAGGAAGAGUGGAUUCAGUACUCAGAAGAAUCUGUGAACAAAUACUUGAAAAUGGGUUCAAUUCAGACUGCCAUUACGAGUGGUCUUCCCAUUCAAUGUGAACAUUUUAACUAUGUAUGCAUUCACCUUGCCUCUUGCACAAAUGUCAAAAAAUAAAAAAAGAUGGUAAUAUCUCAAAGAAAUGAACUUGUAGAUUACCAUGCAGUUUGCUGAAAAUUCAAUCUUUGACCCAAACUGUAGCAUUUUUUUCCAACUGUAGCAUGAGCAUUUUUCUCAUGCCACCAACAAACCAUGUUGCAGCUGUGUGUGUGUGUGUGUGUGUGUGUGUGUGUGUGAGAGAGAGAGAGAGAGAGAUUCUGAGUUCUGUGCCCACUAGGAUUCGUGUAGAUUCCCAUUGCAACUUUCUGUGCUAUGGAGUUGUUUACAUUGACUGAAUAACAGAUACUUCUUCCCGCGCCAGCCCACUGGCUCCGAGAGGGGAAUCACCCCAGACUCCCCCAACAGUGAAAUACGAGCUUCAUUUCCAUGGUACCCAAUGCCAGAAUGUAAGAGUUCCCAUAAUUUUGUGCUGCUAUCCCUUAACACUUCUGUUCCAGUCUUGCCAGCUUGCGGAGCUAGAGAUAUAAAGAGGUACCCUUGGUUUAUCCACCAGUAUUGAGUAGCAAAAUUUAACUGUCCACUGUGAAACGGAGCCUGAGUUGCUAUUUAACCUCAGACACACUAAUAAGUUGGGUUUUUGUUUCCCCCACAGAGUAAAAAUGUUUCACUCCUGAUUCCUCCUACCCACAAGGUAAAAAAUAAAUACAAAAACAAAAACAGUACAGAAGAAAAGACCUACGAGAGGAAUUGUAAUUGGCAUAAGCAGAAUGGUCUGUGGAAACGUAAUGAGUAGUUACAAUCAUGUUGUCUCUGUUGUGUUAUGUGAGGAUUUUCUCCUGAGUCGUGCAGGUUAUGACGACGUACUGUAAAUAUCACAUGUGAGUUUACCUGAAUCUGUGCAUUUUGUGCCUUAUUCACGAGAACGAUAGAAGUACUAAAAUAUGUCAAGUGUUUUCAGCAUAGCACAUCAUUUACUGAGUGCCACUUGUAAAUGUUUUUCAACCAGCACCUGAAAAGACUUUUACAAAAAAAAAAAUCAUAAAAAUGACCAAGAACAAUGAAUUGGUACACAGUCAGUCGUAAUAGCAGCCUUGCAUCCUUUGCUGUGGUAAGCAUUCCAUGCCUGCUUUCCUGGGGAUAAAGCAGGGAAAAUGUGGAGUCAGACGAGGUUUCCCUGGGAGAGCCACUGCCACAGGGAGUGGCAGAUCCACCUACGGCUAAAUCCCAUCCCAAUGCCAGUGUCAGUUGAUACGCCACACACCAACCAGUUAUUUAUUGAACCUAAUCUAGAAAGUACCAUGGCAGAAGAAGACGGCUGACCCAGUCAGACAGUAAGUUUAGCUGAUUUCUGGAACAACCCUGAUGCUGUCUAUUGCUUGAGGGAGGAUGUGAUGCGGAAGACCUGAUCAUUUUUAUACAGAAUGUCGAAUACUGAUAUACUGAUGCAGUUAUUCUUUUCCUUUGAGAACACUGUUUUAUAAAGAACCUGAUUUCCUGUGAUCUCAAAAAAGCUAAAACAUCUGUUCUUGAAACACUUCAGCUUUGCAACUAAAAUAUUACUGAUUAAUAAUAAUAAAUUAAACCAACCCAUGAUAAACACUACUCAGUCCACCACCAACAGACAUGUGUUUGAAUUUACCUUACCAAUAUUAAUCCCAGCGUGGUAACUCUGUGUGACCCCAGAUAACAUUUUGUAACAUUGUGCGGCCUUGUAGUUCGUGAGUUCUAUCAGUAUUUAUGUUGAGAUUUCUAACAUUGACUCUAGUCUGUAUCUUGUUAAUUUAAUUUUUAAAUGCUUUAUCCAUUUGUGCAAAGGUAAACACAGAUUGUAUCUUUUUUAAUGGUACGGCAUAAAAAGUAACCCUAAAGUGAAGUGGCUCUAUACUGUUUUAUAGAGUACUUUAACAUGUAUAGAUAUCUUGUAAACUUGUAUUGUGGAUGUGUAAAUAAUAUGUACUUUGGGUUUUUAACACCGCAUGUAAAGUUAAAAUAAACUAUACAAAUCAUUA